CUGGCUAAUCAUCACCAUCUAUUCCCACAAUGGCUUUUGUUAGUUUGCACCGCUCGACGACAGAGUAAGACUAUAUCGCGUAUGUUCACUGGCUUUCGCAAGAUCUCACUGGACGACCUAAGAAAGUCUCAGGUCGUUAGGGAUGUUCAGCAAUAUAUCCUCGCGCGGCUGGAUCAGGAAGACGCGCUUAGGCAGCACAUCUCGCGUGACACCGCCGAGAUGCUGAACCAGCUGCACAUAAAGAGCAACGGCUGCUUUCUGUACCUGGAGAAAGUUCUCGACGGCGUGGCGGAGAACUUUAUUGUUCUGCGCGAGGUGCGAGAGAUACCAGGAACGCUGAACGGCCUAUACCUCUGGCUCUGCCAGCGACUCUUCAGCAGGAAGCAAUUCAGCAAGGUGCAGCCUCUACUCAACGUCAUACUCGCCGCCAAAUUGCCCAUCACUCAAGAGAUUCUGUACGAGAGCGUGAAGACGGCCUGCGUCGGCAUCACCGUGGAGGACUUCAAUCGCCGGCUCCAUUUGCUGCGACGGGUGAUAUCGGUCUCGCGUGCCGGCGCAUUGAUGCUUUUUCAUCACAGCUUCGCCGAAUGGCUGCUGGACGUAAAGCACUGCACCCAGAAGUAUCUUUGUUCGGCCACUGAGGGUCAUGCCAUGCUGGCGGCCUACUACACUCUACGCGGUCCCGCGCUCAAUCCCGACGAGAUCUGCGUACUGGCGCAACACCUGCAACGUGUUAUAACGAGCAUUCCGGUUAACACCACGUUGGAUGUCUACACUCUUCAAGUACUCUGGAUGAUUGGCAGUAACGCGCCCAUCGAAGGCUGUUAUCUGGAUAGCUCCGAGUGCAUUCUUUGGCCCAGGCAGGAUGUUAAGCUUCUGAAAUUGCUAAUCGACACUGGUGCUAAGCCCUCUGAGAAAACGAUUGAUGAUGACGCUAGCAAAGAUGCUAUUUCUUCUAGUCAGGUUUCGCAAGAUGUGAGCCCCAUUGAUGAAUCUCCGAGUGAACCGCUAACAGAGCUUCUCGGUGAAAGCGGAGAUAUCAAUCAAACAGACUCUUAUGGACGAACGGUGUUACACACUUUAGCUGCCGACGGCAAUGCAUCUCUUCUGGAAUUGGCGCUUGCAGCCUGCCCUCAGGCAAAAUUGGAAACGGUCGACCGUAAUGGACAAACGCCACUGAACUUGGCCGCCAGGCAUGGUUACUCGGAUGUGGUGCGUGUUCUUUUAGCUGCCGGUGCGAGGGCGGAUCACGCAGACUGUGACGGCUGGACCGCCCUCAGGGCCGCUGCCUGGGGAGGGCAUACUCAGGUGGUCGAGCAACUUCUGAAGCACGGGGCUAUGGUAGAUUGCGCGGAUUGGGAUCAACGAACUGCGUUAAGAGCCGCCGCAUGGGGCGGUCACGAGGAUAUCGUUAAGGCUCUCUUAAAACACGGCGCGGACGUUAACAGAACAGACGACGAAGGUAGAACUGCUUUAAUCGCCGCGGCAUAUAUGGGUCAUAAUGAAAUCGUGGAACAUCUUUUGGAUUUCGGUGCUGAAAUCGAUCACGCGGACAGCGACGGCAGAACUGCGCUCAGUGUUGCCGCGCUAUGUGUUCCUGCCAAUCACGGAUACGUAAAGGUAGUCACGAUACUUUUAGAGCGAGGUGCCACCGUGGAUCACGAAGACAAAGACGGCAUGACUCCGCUGCUAGUCGCCGCGUUCGAGGGUCAUCGCGACGUUUGCGAUUUGCUUCUGGAAUUCGACGCGGAUAUGGAUCAUUGCGACGUCACUGGGAGGACGCCUUUGUGGGCGGCCGCGAGUAUGGGACACGGCUCGGUCGUCAAGCUCUUACUGUACUGGGGCUGCUGCGUCGACACUAUAGACAACGAAGGCAGGACCGUUCUCAGCGUGGCCGCUGCCCAGGGCGGCACGGACGUCGUGAAGCAAUUGCUCGCCAGAGGCCUAGAUGAGCAACAUAGAGACAAUUCUGGCUGGACCCCACUACACUAUGCGGCGUUCGAGGGUCACGUCGAUGUUUGUGAGGCGUUACUAGAGGCUGGCGCGAAGAUUGACGAGACGGACAAUGAUGGAAAGAGCGCUAUUAUGCUCGCAGCACAGGAAGGGCACACGUCAUUGGUAGAGAGAUUACUGAAACAACACAACGCGCCUAUAGAUCAGCAUGCCCACGAUGGUAAAACCGCUUUAAGACUCGCGGCUCUGGAAGGACAUUAUGAUACAGUGAAGAUAUUAUUAUCUCAUAAUGCUGAUGUUAACGCGAAAGAUGCCGAUGGAAGAAGCACUCUCUAUAUACUCGCGUUAGAAAACAGAUUAGCUAUGGCGAGGUUUUUGCUCGAACACGCGAACGCAGACGUAGAAGGUAGAGAUUCAGAAGGUAGAACGUCAUUACAUGUAAGCGCUUGGCAAGGACACGUGGAGAUGGUAGCGUUGUUGCUAACCGAGGGUGCAGCUAGCGUGAACGCUUGUGACAAUGAAAAUAGAACACCGCUUCAUUCGGCUGCUUGGCAAGGUCACGCAGCGAUUGUCAGAUUGCUCUUGGAACAUGGUGCCACUCCUGAUCACACUUGUAAUCAAGGUGCAACGGCUCUAGGUAUAGCUGCUCAGGAAGGACACGAACACUGUGUUCGGGCGCUUUUGAACCAUGGAGCUGACCCUAAUCACUCCGAUCACUGUGGACGUAACGCCAUUAAAGUAGCCGCUAAAAGCGGUCACGAUACAGUUGUUAGGCUGUUGGAAGAGCAUUCUGCGAAUCAACGCAGUUUGAGGCCUGGUAUCAAUGGAGGUGGUAGUAGUAGUGCUACUUCUGUCACAUCUAAUUCAACGGCUGAGACUAAACCUUCAUCGGCAAUUCUAAAUCCUCUGUCGACGCAAUACAGUCCAGCGGAAUCGCCAGACUCGACGAAACGACGCAGUUGCGUUUCUUUAGGCAACAAUUCUAGCAACAGCAAAUCGAGCAGUAAUUUAACUGGCAGCACUAAGAGCGAUCAAGGAAAAUUCAAUCAGAACUCGAUAGUUAAUUGUCAGGCACCGUUAUCUUUCACUCAACAACUACAGCAAUGCUCAAGGGGAGCAAAGAGUCGACCACUCAGCAAACUAUUGUCACCUUUGAAAAGCGAGCCGCAGAGUCCAAUAUACGCCUCACCUCCGCACUCUCCGUUAAGCGACAGUCUUAUUCCUUACUCACCUACAAACACGAGUCCACCUAGUGCUCAAACGGCAGUUAACGUGAUACAGAGUCAGCUGGGCGUAUCGUUGCUGGCAGCAAAUCCAAAUAUGUCGUAUAAAACGCAGAUGGGAUACAAUCAUACGCCCGUCAUCUACGAGCCUAUCAACAUCAAAACUGAGAUUAUUGACAGGAAUAACAUGAGUAAGCCAUUUGAAUUAACGAACGAAAUGUUGGGCUUGAAUAUUGGGAAAGAUAAAGAGAAUGGGCAUGAUGAGAAACGAAAUUCGGCUGACACGCAUUUUACACGAGACACUCAUAUGAGAAUAAUUUUGGGAAACAGCGGCGCUGGCGUUGGUAGAAGCGUCAAGCACGUUUCGGAUCACACACCUGGAAGACUUUGCAGAAAUCACAAUGGUCGUAUAAGGAAGACACACCGCUUCAUGAGCGAUAGGCUUUCCUUCCUUUUUCAACCCUCCCGAGCGAAAAAAGAUAGAAUAUGUAGUCAAGGAGGACAUACGACAAUUGCAAGCAAUGUAAAACCAAAGCGUAAUGGUUUGGUAUCCAACCCAGCCAUGAGAUUAGUAGCAGGCGUUAGAAAUGGAAUUGAGAAUGCUACAAAUAGAAAUAAGCCUAUUACAACACGUGUAAAUGGAUUCCAAUGGAAGGCGGAAGCACGCAAAGAAACUCCCUUGUAGGGACAGGCUGUACCUCAUGGAUUGUCUCGGCGAAGAGCCACGAGCCAAUACCGUAGAUGGCGAUCUGCCGCGAA